AUGGAUCAUGUUGUGUUAGAAGUACCGUGAGGUGCCCACCUGUUUGAUUUGUGUAAGAACGAGUCCGCCCGGCAUGAUACUCAGGUAGUCAUCAUAUACAUCACCCUCCCUUAGCUUCUGCCUUCUCCACGUAGCUCAUAUAUUGGUCAAUCGUCCCUUUCUACGCACGGCUCACCACUCACCUAUACGAAAUCAUCAUUGAGAAGUCAUUGACACAGUUGGCAACUAUGCCGACGCACUCGCGCCGUGUAUCACGGAGCUCUAACAGCCAGGUUGGCUCAUCGCAAUACCGACACACGAGUAGAGUUGCGAAGCCUCGCAGUGACCACAAUUCUCCCCAGGCAUCUAGUCGGAGAAGAACCACUACACCAUCUUCGAAACGAUAUACUACACUAGACGACCACUUUAACAUGAUGUUCGGCUAUACAAACGACGAGGAAGUUAUUCACGAUCUACAACCUGGGCACUCACAUCGGCCCGUGAGUUGGCAUCCAGGCUCAUCACGCAACGUUCUCCAAUCCCAUAUGUCUCCGACGGACGGGUGGACACCUCAAAGAAGGCCUCGCGAACAUUCUGAAAGCUCUCAUCCGCAGUCCCCAUUCGCAACUUUCAUACCGCAUCAGUCCAAUUUUCACUCAAAUAGUAACACAACAGCCGCUGUUUCAUACGCAAACUCGCCAUCUUGGUGCGACGUCCCGAGCGAGGUCGACUCUUCACACAGGCUAUCUAGUCAUUCAACAUCCAAUGGUCAACCUGAUUCGUGGUCGGUACCAGACUGGGUACGGAUGACACAGGUGCAAUCAACAACUGUUUCACCAGAUAUACUUCCAAUCCAGGCUCCAAUGGAGGAGAUCGAGACGGAUGACGAGGAGGACGAGGAGAAGGACGAGGCGGAUGGGAGAGAGUUGGUGGGCAUGGGACUCUAUGAUCCUCCUGAGGGCUACCACUCGUGGUUCGCAUCCGGUACUGAACCCACUGGAAAGGGACUAAAGCUGGAGGAGACGUGGGAGCCACCAUCAGAGGACGAGAACAGCGAAGCAGGAGAGGAUGAGACAGACGAAUCCGAGGACAGGAUGGACGCUGGAGAGAAUGAUGCAAGCUCGGAGUGCGCCAGUGUCAAAGAAUCUCUUCCUCCGGCUCCCAUACACAACAUCAUAUCACCACCAGUCAAAGAUCUUACGCAUGCUUACUCCGGACACAAAAUUCACGAUAAUAUGUCUGGGCACAGUUUCUUCUUCUCCGAACACGACGACGACAAUGUCAAAAAUGAGUGGUGGUACCAGCAUCUGCGUUCCACCACAGCGCCUACUACGAGCCUUGGCUAUGGUUGGCUAUAGUUGGCUAUAAAUCCAUUAACGACGACGAACCGUCACGUUUCACUUCCCAUGAUACCCCUUUAUGACGCCGGCGUCAUACGACUAAACGAACAUAAUUUUGUCGGCUUAUACGACUUGGAAUGAGAACAAGAGGUUUUCAAUCCACACGAUGACUCGCUGCCCGAUGCAUAUCGGCUAUGAGUACACGGAGGCAGGAACUUAUAUCCACAUGUAGAUUAGAAAUGCGAUCACUCGCAAAGUGUUAUAAAACGAGCGCAAUAUCAUUACGUAGCUCUUUCAGAACUCAUAUUGACUGACACGUGGUUAUUGUAUGU